GCUCACAUUGACACCACCACAACCACAAUCAUUGAUAUGUGCUAUGGAUCCAUGAAAAAGUCCCAUUGAUACAAUGGCUACUGGCCGUGAAGCGCGCGCAGAGCGCUUAAACGAUCGCCUCCGAGGUGCAGGACGCGUCAAUAUCGAGGACGAAUCAUUCAAUCUUGACCUGGGCGAUUUUGCCAUCCCGCUGCCACCGACGGAAGCUGCGCUCGCACCACCACAACCCGAACCAACACCGCCAGCUCCCGCGCCAGCACAGCCGACGUGGGAAGAGUCGCCCAGUGAGCGCAGAAGGACCGAAAGCCCGCCAUCGCAUCUCGUAGCGCAAGAUGACAGAGCAAGACCGGCGAGGUCGAGAGACCCUUACAACUUGCCCGACACGUCGGGGGAAUCAAUAUCGCAGGCAAAUGGUGACUCAACUGUAGUCGAUGCGCCCUCGGAGCUGCCAGAGCCACAAAGCGCCGAACUACAUGAGUCCGAGUUACGAGCACGCAGCGUCUCCUAUGCCCAUAACGUUGCAAGUCCCACAAAUGAGAGCGACCUAUUGGCGUUGGCUAGCAGUGCCCUUGCUACAAACGAGAGGCUGCGAGAAGCCCUGAGGAGCGAUGAUGGCCUGCCGGAGCCAUCGUCCCCCCUGGUGGCUAGGGAGAAGAGAAGCAACAUCAGAAAGACCUUGAGGCAAAGCCGCAGUAAGUCGCCGGCUAGCCUUGACGAGUCUGCGAGAGAAGACCACGCGGAAACGGACAGGGUCCAAGAGCAACGUGGCUCGCCUGCUGUGGUGGAAAAUCCGGAUGGACAGGCAGACGAAGUGACAGAUCCCGCAGCAGAUCUUCUGAACUUGGAACCAGCGCGAUCAGAUCCCAGUGUCCCGCCUUCGGAACCCAAUAUCGCGUCCGAGGCCGCGGCAGAAGCAAGCCCCGAGCCCCAUCCUGAAGCAGAAGAGGAGGUGGUAGAAGAACUUCAUACCGCACAGGCCCCCGGAGCCACUGGUCGCAAAAGGUCACGCCCAAGUCCGCCACCUCGAAGAUUAACACAAAGUCCAGCAGUGGACGAGCAAGAGGACGUUGAAGUCGAGCUGGAGCUUAUUGCACCAGCACGAAAAAGAGGACGUACCAAAACAAGCCCAGCCGUGCAAUCACAAGGCGUCAAAGCCAAGUCCAAGCCUGAUUCGCGCGCAGCUAAGAAGGCCAAGCCAAAGACGAAGCCUAAAGCUCGGAGACGACAAGACAGCCAAGCAGACGACGGCAACCAAAUUGGCAUUGAACUCACAAUACAGCGCUUGGUCAACCACAAGCCACGCGACGGCGACGACGGACAGCCAGAUCCUCUCCACCUGGAUAUUCCCCACGCCAAUCGCUCUGAUAUAAGCCGCAUCGAAGUGUUUGCAAAUGUCUGCAGCGAUACAAUUGCGAAAGCUAUAGAAAAGUUCCAUCGCGGUAUCCAGCGCACAUCUGACCCCAAGCAGAAGAAGGAGUUUCGGAUCAAGAUCCGUGCGUUGGAAGCGUACUCUAGAAGUCUCAAGGUGGACUUCAUGAACCAAAUCACCCAGGUGAAUCAUCAGUAUUCGUUACAGAAGAGGGUACGAGACGCACAGAAGGAGAGACUCGGGUUGCGAGAAGAGAUUAUCAGACUCAGGAAAGAAAGGGAGCAAGUAGCUCUACGGAUGGACGCGGUGAGGAUCAAGCACGAAGACGACUCGAAGGAGGCUACGUACCUACUCCAUACCUCCAGCACAAUGCGAGAUAUCGACGCUGCAGUCGCUGCAGGCGAAAUGGCACCGGAGCUACCGACUAAAGCAAAGAGGGAGGCCGAGCUAGCAAAUCUGGAGCUGGUCAUCGCGCAGGUCGCAGACCAGGCCUGUACGUCGAGUGCAGGAGGAGGCAUGCUCUCUCAGAUCAAGGAGUUCAACGCCUUGCUCGAAAGGGCAGCCGGGGUUCUCGAGUCGAGAUGAGCUUGUCCACUUGUAGACAACGAAGUAAUGCGGCAAUUUGACAAUGA